AUGACAUCUCGGACGGGGUCUGUGGCGGAGCUCCGACAGGAGUUGCGAGAUCUAGACACGCAGCGGAAAGCCAUGGAGGAUGAGAUUACCUUGCUGUCAGAGCGUUUAAAUGCUCCUGGACAACCUGGAGUCAGCGGGAGUCUCCUGGAUAAGCAGGGCUUUCCCCGUGACGACAUUGACGUGGUGCAAAUCCGGCGGGACCGCCACCGGCUCAUCUGCCUCACUAACGACCAAAAGGCUCUUACGGACAAGCUGGCAAGGCUUCUGGGGGAGCUCCACGAGGCUGUGAGGUGGGCGCCCCUUUGGCUGCGAAGGAGGGACGACCGCGUCAGCACCAGCACCAGCAUGGCUGUGCCGCCUCCGGUUCCCUUCGCGUUGGUGGACGAGGUAUCGGGGGGCUCUCCGGCGGAGGCGGCUGGGCUGCAGGUGGGUGCCCCGUCAUGCUGUGUGCAGGUCGGUGCUGCCUCUUCUGCUGGUCAAUCUUUGCUCCAGGCCGUGGCGGCGGUGCUGGCUGCCAGCGAGGGGCGACCCGUCGCAGCACGUGUGCUGCGUCAGGGGGCCCCCCUGGAGCUUUCCCUGACUCCGUUGCGUUGGUCCGGACGGGGUCUGCUGGGCUGCCACCUGCAGCCUUUGUAA